AACAUAUCUUUAUUACCUUUUCUCGGAGGUGAAAUGGAGUCCAGCAACGAUCGGAGUCUCCCACUGAGAAGAAGAAGAAGAAGAAGGGAGAAGAAGAAGAAGGGGGAGAGAGAGAGAGAGAGAGAGAGAGAGAGGGUGGAAGUGAAAAGGGGAAUAGGAAGAAGAGAGGCGAAUCGCUCGAAUCGGCGAGAUUGGAAUAUGGUGGGGGAGAGCAGGGCAAGGGGGAGAACCAGCGAUACGGCUGUCGGCGGAGGUUGGUGGGCCGACGACAUGAGCUUGAACCUGUGCAGGGCGAUGGAGUCGGAGUAUGUUCGAAGGCAUCACAGGCAUGAGCUGAUUGAGAAUCAGUGCAGCUCCGCCCUGAUCAAGCACAUAAAAGCCCCGGUUCAUCUGGUAUGGUCUCUGGUGAGGAGAUUUGAUCAGCCGCAGAAGUACAAGCCCUUUGUGAGUAGAUGUGUGGUUCAAGGGGAUUUGGAGAUUGGAAGUGUUAGGGAAGUGAAUGUGAAGUCUGGGCUUCCGGCCACUACCAGUACUGAGAGGCUAGAGCUGCUUGAUGACGAUGAACACAUAUUUGGGAUCAAGAUCGUUGGAGGGGAUCAUCGAUUACAGAACUACUCAUCAAUCGUUACCGUCCACCCUGAGUGCAUCGACGGAAGGCCCGGUACCUUGGUCAUCGAGUCAUUCGUCGUCGACGUUCCUGAUGGAAACACGAAGGACGAGACAUGCUUCUUCGUUGAGGCCCUCAUCAAAUGCAACCUCAAGUCUUUGGCCGACGUAUCGGAGCGCCUUGCCAUGGAAGAUCACACCGAACCCAUUGAUAUGUGAUGAUAAUUUUUAUUGUUGCUCAAUUGCUUCUCAAUUCUCUUCUUCUCUAUGUUUGUUUUAGAGCUCCAGUUUAAGGAAAUCACUGUAAAUAUUUGUUGACAUUUUCUUGUUCUCUGAAACAAAGUGAGCUUUUGAAUCGGA